AUGAAUAUGUUGGAUGAUGAAGAUGACCAAAGCUUUCACGCUACGCGUGACGGCUACUCCCAUUUGAGUGAUGUCGAAUGGGAUGCGGUUGAACGAAUGGGUUCGACCAUGGGCAUCCAUGCUGUUAGCGUCAUGCUAGAGGCUCUCAAUAGAGAUGCCCAACAUGCUACUAUCGCCAAGUUCAUUCAAAAUGAACUUGACGCAGAACGCGAGAAAGUAGCCUUGCUUCACCAACAAGGUUCUCAACAAGCAGAGUUGUUGAGAGAACAAGGUGCUCAACAGUUUGAACUGUUGAGACAGCAGCAGGCUGCUGCUGGCGGGUCGAUGCACUCGCGUCGGCCCGAGACUUUGAAGAUUGACAUCUCAAAGUAUAGAGGGGUCGAAGAAGACUCCCUCUUGAGAUGGUUCGUCGAAUUGGAUGACGCCAUAAGGGCGCGUCGCAUCGACGACGGGGAUAUGCAAGUUGCAUUUGCCCAGUCAAAUCUGGCAGGACGUGCCAAGACUUGGGCACUGGGGCUCAAGCUGCACGACCCAUAUGCGUUUGGGUCGUUGGAAGUCUUCAAGUCGCGGCUCAGACAAACGUUUGAACCGCCUAGAGCUGAUUUCAGAGCUCGAACCGAACUCUUGAAGCUCAAACAGGGUAAGCGUGAUGUGCACGCUUACGCUCAACAUAUACGACAUCUCACGAGUUGUAUAAGUUCCAAUCCGGUGGAUGAACACACGUUGGUUUCGGUGUUCAUGCAGGGUCUUGCGGAUGGUCCCGUCAAGACUCACCUGUUCCGGCUUGAACUAGAUUCACUAGAACAAGCCAUUUCCAUUGCGGAGCAGGAAGACUUCAGUCUGAGACAGGCUCGCGCCAGCUCGGCAUCAUAUCGUCAACCGAGACGAUAUGACAACGGAGGUCCAGAGCCGAUGGAACUCUGUUAUGUAGAGAGCGAGAAGGUUCGCUCUACAGGCUACAAGAAGUUGCAGAGAUGCAACAGAUGUCAAAAGACAGGACACUACGCUUACGAGUGUAGUGCCCCUCGUCCAGUGUCUCGCGACACUGGGCGUAGUGACCGUCCGCCCAUGAGAAAGGGGCAGGGACGAGGGUCCGCAGUUGGUGCAAAGACGCAACAACGGGAUGGACCGUCAAAAAACGGACAGGAUCAGUAG